AUGGUAGUAUAUGUCUGUAAUCCCAGCACUCAGGAGGCUGAGACAAAGGAUCACCAGUUCAAAGCCAACUGGGGCUACUUUGUAAAACCCUCAUCUCAAGAAACUCGGGGUGCUGCUGUGCCUCCCGCACGGACGGCGGGGCCUGGGGCCUCGGGACGUCCUGAGCCGCGGGGACAGCCGCGCUGUAGAGAGAAGAAAGUAAAUUGCAAGCCCAGGAAUCAGGAUGAGCAAGAGAUUCCUUUCCGACUCCGAAAGAUUCUGAGAAGCCGUCAGGAGAUGAAAAACCCGCUCAGUAACAAGAAGAAAAAGAAGGAGGCCCAGACAGCUUUUAGGAAGACACUGGAAAAGGAAGCAAAAGGAAGGGAGCCAGACAUCGUUGUCCCCAAGAUCAAGCAGAGGAAGGGCGAGUCUCAUGGGGCCUACAUCCACCGCAUGGAGCAGGAAGCCCAGCAUGUGCUAUUCCUUAGCAAGAACCACGCCACCAGGCAGCCAGAGGUGGAAACAGCUCCCAAGAAGGAGAAGUCUGAGCGGAAGAAAGCGUUCCAGAAACGGUGACUAGACAGCCGUGAGAAAAAGGAGGCCAGAGCACUGGAGAAGCUGGAGCGAGAGUUCCUGGAAGUCACUGUGAAGUUUGGAGAGGUUGUGAUGCAGCCUCCAGACCUGACAGUCCAGCCCAGGAGGAGUGUAAGCAAAGAGCAGCCUGGCAAGAAGUCAUUGAUGCUGAAGACACUGGGGGGUUCUGGUGGCAUGUCCCAGCCCCCAGCCACCUCUCUAGCCCGGCAGCGGAUCCUGGGGGAGGAGCGUGAGUGGGCUGUGCAGGCUUACAGAGCCUUGAAGCAGCAGCAGCAGCAGCAGAAAGGGACAUAA